GGAGUAACAAGGCGAAGGUCGGGAUAUUGAUCUGCUCCGUGAGUCAAGGCGGCAGCGCAAAAACUCCCAAUUAGCCAAGAGCUCGGGGUGCUGAGCAAUCCGUGGGGCCCCAUCGAGUUUCCGGAGGCCAGGCCAUAAAAGCGCUCGCUCCCUGCUCCUCCUCAUCCUCUCCGGUCCUCAGCGCAUCCCGCCGAGCUCCUCCUGAUCCAGGUGAGUCCAGACCCGUCUGAUUUUCGCACCUUUAACGCUCUGCGGCUUCUCCCCGCUCUCCUGAGCUCUUGGGCGCUUCUCCUCUGCGUCCUGUCUCCUUCUGCCGAGUUGGAAAAUGUAAAAAUUCCUGGCUGGGUGGUUGAGCGCUCUGCGUGUCUCGCUCUUCUCUUUUUGCUUCUCUCUGAUGUGAAAGACUCGCCCAGAGGCCACCACGGCAGGCGCGGGGUGGCAACUCUUCCGCUGAUUGAUAACUCGGCUUGGGAUCGCGGAAUUGUGGAAUUGUGGAGUUGUGGAAUUGUGGGAAGGGUUGGGUUGGAAGCUCAUUGAUUUUUGGGACUCCCCCCAAAACCAUCCCAGGGUGCUCCAGCGCCGCCUCGGACAUUCCCAGUGUUCCCGUUACCUUCUCUCACGGGAGAGUUUUCCCAGCAGGUCUCCAGCCAUGUGCUCCCGCCAGGACAAGGACCAGUGCCACCAGCAGGAGCGGGCCUCGUGCCACAGCAGCGGGUCUGGCUGCCACGGGAGCGGUGGCGGAUCCGGUUGCCGUGGAACCAGCGGAUCUGGUUGCCAUGGAAGUGGUGGCGGAUCCGGUUGCCACAGGAGCAGCGGGUCUGGUUGCCAUGGAAGCAGUGGUGGAUCUGGUUGCCAUGGAAGCAGCGGAUCCGGUUGCCAUGGAAGCAGCGGAUCUGGUUGCCAUGGAAGCAGCGGAUCUGGUUGCCGUGGGAGCAGCGGAUCCGGUUGCCACGGGAGCAGCGGGGGCUCCUGCCAAGGAAAUCCUCAGCAGUGCCAGCAGCAAAUCUACCAAGUGUCCUCAAAGAUGAAGUGA